AGCGCGAGCGGAGGAGGCGGCGGGACCCGGCCCGACAAAUUUCCUGCUCGGCUGCGGGCAGCUGGCGGCGCCGGUGGGGGAGGCAGGAGGUGGCGCAAGCGGCGCCUGGACCCCGCGGCCUCCGCGCGUCCCCACGACCCUCCUUCCCGCCCGGCAGGGACAGCGAGGCGCCCCGGAGGGCGGCAGGCGGGCGUCCGGGAGAUGCGGAGCCGCUGCGGAGGCGGGAUCGGCGCCACCGGACCGGCCCCCCCGAGACUAUAGCCUUCGUUUUCCCUUGGUUCGCCAUGGCGCCCUUCUGUCCGCUCCUGCUGGCGGGUUUUAGCUUGCCGCUCGCCAAGGCUCUCAAGGACAACGGGACCACGCCAGCCGAGAGCAACUGGACCUCCACGACCCCAGGCCCUCCGGACCCGCGGGCGGCCCAGCCCCAGCUGGCCUGGCUGCUGCUGCCUCUGCUGCUCUCCCUGCUGUUUCUGCUCCUAGCCGCCUACUUCUUCAGGUUCAGGAAGCAGAGGAAAGCAGUGGUCAGCGCCAACGACAAGAAGAUGCCCAACGGGAUCCUGGAAGAACAAGAGCAGCAAAGAGUGAUGCUUCUCAGCAGGUCCCCCUCCGGGCCCAAGAAGUACUUUCCCAUCCCCGUGGGGCACCUGGAGGAGGAGAUCCGUGUCCGUUCAGCAGAUGACUGCAAGAGGUUCCGCGAAGAGUUCAAUUCAUUGCCAUCUGGACACAUACAAGGAACUUUUGAACAGGCCAACAAAGAAGAAAACAGAGAAAAAAACAGAUAUCCCAACAUCCUUCCCAAUGAUCAUUCCAGGGUGAUUUUGAGCCAAGGGGACGGAACCUCCUGUUCAGACUAUAUUAAUGCUUCAUACAUAGAUGGUUACAAAGAGAAGAAUAAAUUCAUAGCAGCUCAAGGCCCGAAACAGGAAACAGUUAAUGACUUCUGGAGAAUGAUCUGGGAGCAGAAGUCGGCGACCAUCGUCAUGUUGACAAACCUGAAAGAAAGGAAAGAGGAGAAGUGCUACCAGUACUGGCCGGACCAGGGCUGCUGGACCUACGGGAACAUCCGAGUGUGUGUGGAGGACUGCGUGGUUCUGGUGGACUACACCAUCCGGAAGUUCUGCAUACAGUCGCAGCUCCCAGACGGCUGCAAAGCCCCGCGGCUCGUCUCCCAGCUGCACUUCACCAGCUGGCCCGACUUCGGAGUGCCUUUCACCCCCAUCGGGAUGCUGAAGUUCCUGAAAAAAGUGAAGACACUCAACCCUGCGCACGCCGGGCCCGUGGUGGUCCACUGUAGCGCGGGCGUGGGCCGGACGGGCACCUUCAUAGUGAUCGAUGCCAUGAUGGACAUGAUGCACGCCGAGCAGAAGGUGGACGUCUUCGAGUUUGUGUCAAGGAUCCGCAAUCAGCGCCCUCAGAUGGUUCAAACGGAUAUGCAGUACACCUUCAUUUACCAAGCCUUACUGGAGUACUACCUCUACGGGGACACCGAGCUGGACGUGUCCUCCCUGGAGAAGCACCUGCAGACGCUGCACGGCACGGCCACCCACUUCGACAAGAUCGGGCUGGAGGAGGAGUUCAGGAAACUGACAAACGUCCGGAUCAUGAAGGAGAACAUGAGGACAGGCAACUUGCCAGCCAACAUGAAGAAGGCCAGAGUCAUCCAGAUCAUCCCGUAUGACUUCAACCGCGUGAUCCUCUCCAUGAAAAGGGGUCAAGAGUACACAGACUACAUCAACGCCUCCUUCAUAGAUGGCUACCGACAGAAGGACUAUUUCAUCGCCACCCAGGGGCCCCUGGCGCACACGGUGGAGGACUUCUGGAGGAUGGUGUGGGAGUGGAAGUGCCACACGAUCGUGAUGCUGACGGAGGUCCAGGAGAGAGAGCAGGAUAAAUGCUACCAGUACUGGCCAACGGAGGGCUCGGUGACUCACGGAGAAAUAACGAUCGAGAUCAAGAGCGAUACCCUUUCAGAAGCCAUCAGCGUGCGAGACUUCCUGGUCACUUUCAGUCAGCCCCUGGCCCGGCAGGAGGAGCAGACCCGAGUGGUGCGACAGUUCCACUUCCACGGCUGGCCCGAGAUCGGGAUUCCGGCCGAGGGCAAGGGCAUGAUCGACCUCAUCGCGGCCGUGCAGAAGCAGCAGCAGCAGACAGGCAACCACCCCAUCACCGUGCACUGCAGUGCUGGAGCUGGGCGAACAGGUACAUUCAUAGCACUCAGCAACAUUCUGGAACGAGUAAAAGCUGAGGGACUUUUAGACGUAUUCCAAGCUGUGAAGAGUUUACGACUUCAGAGGCCACAUAUGGUGCAAACCCUGGAACAGUAUGAAUUCUGCUACAAAGUGGUACAAGAUUUUAUUGAUAUAUUUUCUGAUUAUGCUAAUUUCAAAUGAAAAUUUCUGCCUUAAAAUAUUUUUUAAUUUAAUGGUCAGUAUAUUUUGUAAAAAUCAUGUUAAUUUAUUUCAUAGUUGACAUUAAUAUCCUUCCUAAUUUCUUUGUACAUAUUUUGUUAUGCUUUAAAGACCACCUGCUAUAAAGUUAUUAAAUCUUAAAUACCCCCUUUAAAAACUGGAAUCAUGUAUUAAAGUCAAAUACUAUCCCAUAAAAUAUAUAUUUCCGCUAAUAU